AUAGUUAAGAGUAGUUUAUUGAUAAAUCCUUUUAUCAAUACACACUUAAACCUAUUCACAACAUAAGCGACUAUGUACAUUUUGGCAAAAAUUAUAUCAAAAGCCACAGUUUAUUCGUUUUUUCGCGAGAUAACCGUUCUCAAUCCAGAGAGAAUCCCUCUUUAUGGACCGGUUAUUUUUGUUGGAAAUCAUAACAAUCAAUUUGUUGAUGCAUCCAUGCUUAUUGCUAUGAUUCCCAGGAAAAUACGCUUCUUAGUCGCGGAAAAAUCACUUAAGCGCCCUAUCAUAGGAUUUUUAGCGAAAGGUGCUGGAGCAGUGGCUGUAGCUCGACGUCAAGACAAAGCCUACAGAGGUUUAGGUUGUAUUGAGUGGAAACACGAUGAUAGAAUCGUUCGUGGACAUCAAACUCGUUUUAGUCUUGAUGUUCACGUCGGAGACCAAAUUCAACUUGUUGACGAAACGGUACUAGGAACCGUUGAUAAAAUUAUUUCAGAUAUUGAGAUUCUUUUGACUAAGACACCUUCUUCAAUAAAAAAAAACACGACGUCUGAGGCUUCAAAACUAUCAACUUUGCCUACUACCGAAUUUCAACAAACAGAGACCUCCUUAGCUACAGUACAAACUUCAUUGAGUGAAAAUUCCAAAAAUGAAGAAAAUGGAGAAUCAGAUAAAUCAAUAGAUGUCGUUCAAGAAAAACCAGAUAUUAAAGCUAUUUUUGAUUUAUCCUUAGAAAAGAAAAAAUUCAAACAAAAUACAUUAGAAAAAACAAAUGAAUCUAACUCUGAAAACGACGUUUUAGUGAGUCGUGAGGUAGAUAUCGAUUCCUCAGAAAUGCUCACAAGCUUAUCCACAAGUUGCUAUGACUCAACAAAUGAACUAGUUCCCUUUGUAGUCAUACCAAGACUUGAUCAAACAGAUGUUUAUGAAGCUGUUUGUGACGCAUUGUUAUCCGGCGAUAGUAUUGGCAUAUUCCCCGAAGGUGGCUCUCACGACAGGUUAAAUUUGCUUCCUUUGAAACCAGGAGGAGCAAUAAUGGGUUUAAUGGCUUCUUUACAUGGAGCUGCUGAUGUUAUGAUUGUUCCUAUCGGGUUGACAUAUUAUCAAGCGCACAAAAUUUUGUCUCGAGCUACUGUUCAAGUGGGAACACCACUUCGAGUUACUGAAAAUCUUACAGAACUUUAUCGUGUAGAUCCCCGAUCUGCUGUAUCUCGUCUCAUGGCAAUGAUUGAAGAGAGUUUAAAGGGGUGUAUCAUUUCUGCACCUAACUAUAAGGCUUUGACCGCUGUCAGAAUUUGUGUGACACUUUAUCCUCCAGAGUCAAUGUUUAUAUCAUCAACAGUAUACUAUAUACUAUAUCGACAAUUUUCGGUUUUGUUUGCUAAAAAUCCUUCUUCACCUCUUCUUAUUCGCUUUACUCAAAAUUUGGAUAAUUACACCUCACUUUUGUCACGUUAUGGAAUAGCUGAUCACGAAGUGCAACAGCUUAAACAAGCCACUGAAAGUGCUAUUUUGUCUUUUAUUGAGCUGUGCUUUAUUUUUAUUGUUUCACUAAUUGUUGGUCUUGUUCCCGCUGUUUUGUGGGGACCUGUUCGUUUUGCUUCAUCUUAUCUUGCUGAACAACAUAGAAAAAAAGCUUUAGCCGCAUCGAAAGUCAAAGUUACAGGACGAGACGUGGUCGCAAGUUACAAAAUACUUACUCUCAUGGUUCUACUUCCUUCUGCCAAUCUACUUUAUUCAUUAAUUUUCGCAUUAUGUUACUGUUCAACUUAUACAGGUUAUCUAUAUUGCAUUCUUAGUGGUCUCAUUUUUUUGCCUUGUCUUUAUUAUUAUUCGAUCCGUUAUUUUGCAAAAAUCCCAGUACUUAUUCGAAAAUUCACUUUCAUACUACUUGUUGUUAUAUGCAAAUUAAACGCAUGGAGGGAUAAUGAAAAAGAAAUCAUUGCAUCGCGAAUGCAAAUGCAACUUGAUGUGCGUCGACUUGUUCAGUUACUUGGGCCUAAAACUGGUGAUAAUUUUAUGAAUCAAAUGGAAAGCUGUGUGCCAAGUGUCGUAUGUAAUGCGGACUCAAACCGCAUUCGUCGAAAAUUAGAAGCUGGAGAUUUUAUUCCCUUAGGAACACGUUUUGUUUCAGAGGGAUGGGAAGAAAUUUUGUAAAUCUUAUCAGUGAUCAUGCACCGUUUCCCCUAUUCCCUAUUACAAAGAAUUCAAAAUUAAAAAUGUUCACCAACGUUUCUUCCGUAAAAGUUUUUAAUAUAGCUCGAAAUGUAAAUAUCUUGUUUACAAGUCCGUAUUAUUCCAUCACACAGUAGGUUUUCUUUUAUCAACUAUAUGAAUAUAAGUUAAAUUUUUUUUUUUAAUUCGAAUAAAAAAUUUUUUCUUGUUAAACAUAAAAUGUGUCGUAGUGGUUUACGUGUUUCAUCUUUCCGUUUUUCAAUAUCAGUUCCUGGUAUAAAUUUUUUUUAAUACACUGUAUGCAG